CUCACUCAUCCUAAUCAUACUAGACAUCUACACCAAACACCUCAGCUGAAACUCUCAACUACACCAUGUCCUCCUUGAUGAAAUUCCUCGUCGGUGGUAACGGCAAGACCGUCACCCUCUUCACCUUUGACGCCGCUUCCAAGUCGAUCAACCUCGUCAAGACCAACUCUGGAUUCACCACGCCGUCUUGGAUCGAGUCUAGCGUGUCGUCCAGUCUCCGAGGCAAGGUCUUUUACGCCGUCAGCGAGGAGAACGGCAAGGUUCAGAGCCUCGAACUCAAGGAUGACGGUACGGUCGUCGAGACUGGGUCGGCGCCCACGGGCGGAAACCCUGCUCAUGUCCACGCUUUGAAGGAUGGAUCCGGGUUGAUCGCUACCAACUACAUGGGCGGCUCUGCCGUCUUCAUCCCUGUCGACCGUUCUACCGGAGUCAUCACCGCCGCCGCUUCGACCACCCAAUCCUUGUUGUCCAACGUGACUACCAACGUCGGUUCGGUCUCGCCCGUCUUCGAAUUCCAGUCUCAUAGCCCUUACGCCAAGUCGAGGGGACCCAACAGCGAGAGGCAGGAGGCUAGUCAUCCCCAUCAGUGUACUGAGGGUCAGAACGGAGAGUUGUAUGUCUGUGAUCUCGGCUCGGACCGUAUCUGGCAGCUCGAGCGCAAGGGGGAGAACGAGCUCCAGCUCGUUGCCCAAGCCGAUGCCAUAUCUGGUGCCGGUCCUCGUCACGCCGCCUUGCAUUCCAACGGCAAAUACCUCUACUUGAUCACCGAGCUCAUCCACAAGGCCUUCAUCUACCCCGUUCCCUUUGGCAAGGCCGCUACCAGUCCCCUUCACUCUGGAGGAACCUUGACCGCCCCGGCCGACAUCCCGAACGAGCUCUACAAGGAGAUGACCUCGGGCGAGAUCGUCCUCCACCCGACCAACGACCGGGUGCUCUACAUCUCCAACCGUGGCCAAGUCGACCUCAACUCCAAGACCGGCAAGAACGUCAAGGGAGACGCCAUCGCCGUCUUGACCCUGAACGAACAGGGUGACGAGUUUACCAACGUCGAGAUCGUGCCUACCGAGAUCAACUUUAUCCGAGGGAUGCAGAUCUCGGCGGAUGGCAAGUACCUCGGUGUCGUCGGACAAAAGGACGGCAAAGUCGCCGUCUACCAGACCGGGGGACAGUAUGGAGAAAAGAUCGAGCUCGUCGCUAGCGUCGAUGCUGGCCUGGACAUGCCUACCGACGUCACCUGGUUCUAGGCCGAUGUAACAAGUCGGGCGUCUCGUCAAAACAAGGUGUUUCGCGACGUGAAUCGUGUAUCCGAGUAGAAAAUAUAGAAAUUUGAUUGAUCACGGUUCCGUUACAGCGAACGAAACAG